AUGGAUGCAAGAGACUUAAUUGAAAACCUCAAGGCAGAGCUGACUUGCUCCAUCUGUCUGGGUUGCAUCACUGAUCCAGUGACUGUCAAAUGUGGCCAUUCCUUUUGCACAGGAUGUCUUCUCCAGUGCAAGGAGGGAGACGAUGAAACCUUCACCUGCCCAGAGUGCAGAGGAGUCAUCAGACACAGUGACCUGGUGCCCAACAAGCAACUGCAGAAUCUGUCCAUCACUGGUAAGAGGCUGAGAUCUCAUUUGCUGCAGAGCGUGGUGGGCCUGACCACCUGUGAUGAACAUGGGGAAAAAGAGAAGUUCUUCUGUGAGGAAGACCAGAGACUCCUCUGUGAUUCUUGUCUAUUAGCCCCAGAGCACAAGGAUCAUCAUGUCCUUCCCUUGGAAACAGUGACUGAUAAGUACAAGGACAAGCUCCAGGAGACAAGGAAUAUCUUACAGAAAAAAGAACAGGAAUUUAAAAUGUCAUUGGUCAAAGUGAGAAGAAGAAAGACACGCUUUAAGAAGGACACCUAUGAUUUGAAACAGUCCAUUAUUUCUGAAUAUGGGAGAAUGCGCCAGUUCUUACGGGAUGAACAAUGUCAGUACUUGAAAAAACUCGAUCAGGAAUCCAGAGACAGUGUGAUCAACAAACUGGAGGAAAGAAAGGCUGAGUUGUCCCAGCCAAUCCAGAACCUGCAACGGAUGAUCAUAGAAAUAGAGGAGAAUUUGGAUAAGGCACCCUUGGAAGUGCUGCAGGAUAUGACAGGCACUUUGGAAAAGAAUGAGGAAUGCCUACUUCAAAAACCAGAGCUUCCUUCCCUUGGCUGGACCCCCUACUCCAUCACAGCUUUGAGAGAAAUGCUCAUGAGUUUCCAGAGGGAUAUCACUUUUGAUCCUGAAUCAGCCAAUCCUCAUCUCACCCUGUCUGAAGACUUGAAGAAGGUCAAGUAUGGAAGUGUCCCUCAGGACCUUCCUAACAACAAAGAGAGAUUUGACUAUGUUCUCGCUGUUUUGGGGGCCCAGACCUGCACCUCAGGCAAACACUAUUGGGAAGUGGAGGUGGGAGACAAGACAGAGUGGGAAUUGGGCAUCUGUAAAGAUUCAGUCAGCAGAAAGGGGCAACUCUCCUCCUCAUCUGAGGAUGUAAGGAUCCUAGCAGGCUGCACAUCUGGAAAUUGUUCCUUCAUUUUGAAUUCACAUAAUGACUUUCAAUCGAUUCAGCCUAUACACAAAGUAGGAAUUUUUCUUGAUUAUGAAAAAGGACAUAUAGCAUUUUAUAAUGUCAUAGACAGAUGUCUCAUCUAUAGUCCCUCAAAUAUAGUCUUUGAAGGGCGUCUCCGCCCUUACUUCUCUUUUGGCAUGCCUAAGGAAGAAUGUACCCCUGGAUCACUCAUUAUCUGCCCCAUUAUUAAUGAGUAG